UCUACAUUUGAGCACGGUAAGCAUUUACAGUGAAAAUCAAAGUGCGCGUCUACGACAGAAAUCAUUAUAUGAAUGACAUCUGUGGAAUAUGUACUAAGCUGUGGGACUCGGAGUACCAAAAUCUGCAUUAGGCAAAAUAAAAAAGUCAAUUGCAGAAAAUAUGAACGCCGACGACUUUGAAAGAUAUGGAACAGAAAUGGUCAAAUACAUAGCAAAGUAUAUGCGCACACUGCCAGAGCGCCGUGUUAGCUCAGAUGUAGAACCUGGAUAUAUGCGAGGGUUACUUCCGAAGCACGCGCCAACAAAAGGAGAAAACUUCAGGGAAAUUAUGAAAGACGUUGAGAAAAUAAUUAUGCCGGGGUUAACUCACUGGCAGCAUCCGCAGUUCCACGCGUAUUUUCCUGCGGGAAAUUCUUAUCCUUCUAUACUGGGAGACAUGCUCUCUGACGCAAUUGGAUGCGUGGGCUUUUCAUGGGCUGCAAGCCCGGCUUGUACGGAACUGGAAAUCGUCGUACUGGACUGGAUUGGAAAGUUGAUAAAAUUACCUUCGGCGUUCCUGCACGAAGGAGGCCGCGGAGGAGGUGUUAUUCAGGGAUCAGCGAGUGAAUGUGUACUGGUAACAUUACUGGCAUCCCGGCAUGCUGCGAUAGAAAGAGCCAAAACAUAUCCGUAUAUUGACGACGGGUAUGUUCUCUCGAAACUGGUUGCGUAUUCAUCUAAACUGGCACAUUCAUGUGUGGAGAAAGCUGGCAUGAUAGGACUGGUUAAGAUGAGACAGUUAGACGUUGAUGAAAACUAUUCUCUGCGUGGCUAUACAUUGGAACGAGCAAUAGAGGAAGAUCGUAGGAUGGGAUUGAUUCCGUUUUACGUGUGUGCAACACUGGGUACAACAGGUUGCUGUUCUUAUGACAACAUACAAGAACUGGGAGAAGUUUGCGCAAAGGAGCAUGUAUGGCUCCACGUUGAUGCAGCCUACGCUGGAAAUGCACUUAUAUGUCCCGAGUACCAGCACCAUCUGAAAGGUGUUGAGAAUGUUUCAUCCAUAAAUUUUAAUCCCAAUAAGUGGAUGUUGGUGAACUUCGACUGUUCUCUAAUGUGGGUACGUGAUCGUAAGGCACUGACAAGCGCACUGACGGUGGAUCCAGUAUACCUACAACACGAGCACGAUGAUAAAGAAUUGGAUUUUCGGCACUGGGGAAUUCCAUUAAGCAGACGAUUCCGUGCGCUGAAACUAUGGUUUGUUUUGAGAAUAUAUGGAGUUGAUGGUUUACAAAAUUACAUCAGGAGGCACGUCAAGUUAGCCAAACUUUUCGAAGAACAUGUGCGCAACAAUGACCUUUUCGAGGUUGUUGGCAAGGUUACAACAGGUCUUGUUUGCUUUCGAUUAAAGGGUCCAAACGCUCUAACACAGAGACUGCUGAAAAAUAUUAAUGAAAGUCGGAGGAUACACAUGGUUCCAGCACUUGUGAAUGAGAAUUACGUCAUCAGGUUUGCUGUUUGUGCUGAGUCGGCAACUGACGAUGACAUCAAAUACGCUUGGCACGAGAUAGUAAAUGCCGCUGAAGAUCUGAUGUCAUCAAAACAUGAACUCGAAAAGAUGAAUGUGUUCGAGAAAUUCGAAUCUUGUGAGUUAUCCGAAACAGAAAGCGAAGAUGAAGUCUUUGAUCAAGAAUUGUUUGAUCCGGAGCUAAUUUUCGACCAGCAGCGUUCUACAUUGAAACGCGCAUGCGAAAGACGGAAUUUGUUCCACAGAAUGGUUUCUGAUCCAAAAGGGUUCAAUCGAACACUCCUAAGAGCACUCAGUAUUGAUGGUCACAGAAAGAUAAGAAGCGAGUCAGAUCUUGAAGAGGAAAACGGCGAGGUACAGAGGAAUAACCAGAAGAAAAAAUCCGAAUCAUGAACGGUCGCUUACUACAAUCAUUAAUUCGUGUCUAUUUAUCCAUUGACAAAGUAAACAGUGGUUGACAUACCACAUCAACAGUAUCAUCCUUUGGUAAAUAUCACAUCAUAUUCAAUGUAAUUGUUUUAUCAGAUCAAAAUAUCAUUUUCAGAACUUAACGUAGGAACGAACGCUAUUUAUCCGUUCGUACACAAAAAAUGUGAGUAGAAUACCAAAAUGAAACGACAGCUUUUGAAGUCAAAAUGCGUAAUGGAUAUUUCUCUUCUUUCGUUAUAAAACGUGGAGUGAACUAGUAAUGACAGAAGCUCAUAAUUCUAUUUAAGACGUAAUAUUCUACACAGAAAAACCAAAAGGUCUUUGAAUAUGAUGUAUAUUUCGUUUGUACCAAUGGGAAUUAUUAUAUAGCUAAUAUAAAAAUAAUAUUGCCAUAAACUAAUUCCGUCUUUUGCCAAAGAAGUAGGCCAGUAUGUUAUCCUGAACUGAAUGAAAGGAAUUGGAGGUCAAAUGACAUUGUUGAAACGGGGAGUAAUACUAUUGCAUCAUCACAAGUUUAUGCAUGUAACCCUUACCGAUUGACUCAAAUUAAACCCUUUAAAAAUGAAGCUAUAAGUCAUAUAAUUAUUCGAAAUUUACAAACCAUAUUAUUAUUUACUGUAAUAUUAAAAAAGGCAUAGUUAGUAGUUCUUAUUACUUUUUAUUUAAGAGAAAUUGUUAUCUUUGAAUGUCCAAAAGUAAUUACUUCUUUUGCAUACUAGUAUGCGUUUCCAAUAUGUAUUUUGGGCGA